AUUCGAUUAAAUGCACGUUACGACAACGCAACUAAACACAUUCCAACAUGGCACACUUGUAUUGUUUUACGGACAUCUAUUGUGUGUUUUUCAUUAAUUGUUAAACAACCAAGUCUUCAAUUUAUAAAAUGUCUAUUCUAGACGAACGCGAAGAAUACCUGAAGAAUCCAUAUUUUGUAAAGCACGAAUACGGAGAUUUCACACCAUUUUAUAUAACCAUCACUGUUUGUUCAAUAAUAGGUGGAAUUAUAUUUCUUUUGAAUAUAAUCUACUGUUGGUGUUCCCGUCACAAAGCUUAUUGGCAAGAUCGUCAUACCGGAAAUCGAUACAUUCAAUCUUUGUGGACAGUAUUACCACAUAAAACUCCUCCUUUGGAUUUAAGUGAACUAGAAUCCGUUCACAUUGCUCAUCCAAUUGUUAAGUCUAAAAUAGUAGAGUAUCACGAUACUGAAUCAUUAGACAAAGGUUCUCAUUCGCAAGAAUACUUGGAAAUGCAUAAACGUGAAAGUGAAAUUUAAUAUCACAUUUAUUUUAAUAGCUUAAGAUCGAGAAAUAUAUGUACAAAGGUCA